AUGGCUUGCCAAAAGGCUCAUUUCGAGAUGCAAAUUUUCGACUUGUCUAACAAAAUCUCCAAUCUCAAGAGCCUUAAACCUUCCACUUAUAUCGACAAUUUGUUCCAACAGCUCAUGUCCACGUGCUUGCCUACGGACACAAAUAUCGAAGUUGAAAAGUUGUGCCCAAAAGUCCAAAACAUCAGAACCAAUCUCAUCAACCUACGUAGUGAAGAUAUAGGGUAUUCAGAGCAACACUACUCUACGAUCUUCGGAUCUCUCGAAGAAAACCCACUUCACCGUUUAGAUCUCUGCCCUUACUACACUAACUACCUCAAACUGAGCAAGGUCGAGUUUGAUCUCCUCAUGCUACACACGAGCCAUGUCCCAACCAAGAUCGUGUUUGUGGCCUCCGGUGUGUUGCCCUUCACAUCCAUCAUCUUAGAUAUGUCCCACCUCCCAAAUACGACGUUCGAGAACUUUGACAUCGACCCUCAAGCCAAUUCACUUGCCUCCCAACUUGUCUCACGCGAUACUAAUCUUUCUAGUUUUAACAUAUCUCGUCUUGUAUCCGGUUCCAUGAACGUUAUUAUGUCGAUAAACCACUCAGUGUUUGUGAAGGGAGAUCAGAAAAAUUUCACUAUAGAGCCUUCCUUUGGUCUUGAAGCCUCUGUGCUUUACCUUGAUGUCAUGUACACAUGCAUUGACGAGUAUCUCAGUCACUUCGCUUGA